CAGUUGUGCGACAACUUUGGCCAAGAGAGGAUGUCUUGACGCGCGUCCGCUUACUAACACCCUGCGAUACCCUGCGAAGAGAGUCCAGAGAGCCAGAUCAGUCAGUCAGGAGCAGGAGCCCAAGGAUUCGGCACGCCAUCUGCCGGAGAAACCAGACAGGCGGACAGCCAGACAGCCUGAACGCCUCAACCUCAACGGUUGGCUGGAUUUGCGAUUGUCGCAUUCGCCAAAUUCGAUACGCUGCCAAUCCUGGUGACGCAGUGACGCGAUCAGCUCCCGAUUUCAUGGCACUAAUGAUGUCGCGUCGCCCCCAACAGCAACAACAACAGCAAGAAGAGCCCCUGGAGCAAUUGGAAGUGCAGCAUCUGGAACUAGAGUCAUCGAAUCCGUUCCACGAAGGAAACGCGCGUUUCACCUGAGCGUGUGUGCGGUUGCGCGCGUGUGUGUGCCUGUGUCUAAUUUGCGUAUCCGCGCUACUCAAAUAAGAAAUAAAUAGAAAAAUCACAUCAAAUUAAAUCAAAUCAAAUCGAAUCAAGAAAUACACCUUCCCCCGAUCGAAUUCGAAAUCGAGCUCCCCUUAUCGCGGUGACAAAUUGCAAUCAAACAAAAAUCACAGCGAACCAUCCAAAUUGCAAUUAAUGCCAAAGCGCCUGCAUCUGGCCAUAAAUAAAAUACGUGAACUGCAGACUCAGUGAUUAGAACUUUGAAUCGCCAGCGAGAUGGACUUCCAGAGCGCCAUGGAAACCUUUGCCGAAGCCUGGGUGGCAGCCAAUGCCGGUCAGCAGAGUCAGGCCUUGGCCUUAACCAGAGCUGUCAACGCGGCCGCCGUUGUGGCCUCGGCCAAUGCCAAAUCCCCCAAUGCCUCCUCCUCCGCCUCGGCCAGCCUGGCGGAUCUGGCCGUCAAGAAGGAGCACUCCAUCUCGCCGCCCCACAGUGUGGUGAGCGUGGGUGUGGGCGUGGCUGGCGAGGAUCAGCAUCGCAGAUCCUCGUUGCAGGGUGUGCAGGAGAAGCUCACCCAGCUGCAGAUGCAGCAGCAGCAUCACCAGCAGCAGCAGCAACAGCAGCAGCAGCAACAGCAACAGCACCAGCAGCAGCAGCAACAUCAUCAUCAUCAGCAGCAAGCACAGCAGGCAGGCGCUGGAGUGGGUAGUGGCGAGCUGGCUGGACGCAGAUCCUCCGAGGGCACACCACCCACCGCCCAUCCCCCAACGAACUCCGAGGGACAGGCGCUCUCCUCCUCCACAGCCUCAUCUAGUCAGAAUGCCACCCCCAAGAGCGAUCGGGAAAGGGAGCGUGAGCGGGAGAGGGAUCGGGAGGAGCGCGUGGAGCGGGGCAGCAUAUCCUGCCUCCCACCAGCCGCCCUUGGAAUGGCCGUGGGCGUCCAGCAGGCCCAGCAUCAGGAGAAGCUGCUCAGCCAUCCGGCCUUGGAUUCGCGACGGGAGUUCGACGUCAGCAAAGUGAAUCCCAAAUCACUUCCACUUCACUGUGUGGUGGAGUCGGUGCACUCACUGCACGCCUCCCUGACCAUCGACACUCGCCAGCCCUGGAAGAGGCGGCCCAAUAUCGAGACCGACAGCUACGUGAUCAUCGCCGCGGCCACGCCCUGGAGCGAGAUUGUUCAGACGGCGCUCCAGAGGCUCGGCUACUCCCAGGAGGUGGCCAACACAGCCAGAGGCUCAUUAAUAAUCAAACAUUGGAAACCCAUACCCCUGGAGCAGAUAUCGGACAAUCCAGCGGUGCCCGUCAGCGAUAUUGUGGGUGAAUUGACUUCCGUGAUCACGCUGAGGAUCGUGAUUCUGCGCCCCAAGACUUCGCCGUUCGGGGAGAUCAAGGACAAGCUGCUCAAGCUGCUGGUGCUUCAGUCGCAUGCGGUGCUCCGUUCCACAGGAUGUCCGCUGGAUGAGGUGACGCUAUCCCAGAUCUGCCGGAGUUCCCACCAGAACACCUACGCCCUGCCAGGAGGAGAGAUCUCCGACGAACUGCGCCGCAAGUUCGACCAGUGGUGGUCCAAUCAGCUCUCUCCCCAAGCGACCGCCAUGACGCCCAAGAUGCUGCCGUUCAUGACGGGUCCUUCAGCGGUUCCGGUUCCAGUGGCAGUGCCCGGCGAGAUGGACUUUCCGGUAGGCACGGCCAUGGCGGCGGCGGCCGCUGCGGCGGCUCAUGCUGCCGCUGCCGGUGGAGCAGCGGGCGGCAAUCCCCUGGGAUCGAUGGGUAGUCGCGAGAGUCUGUUGCUGGCUAACGAGGCUGCUCACCAUGCGGGCGCUGGACAGGCUCCGGGACCAGGACAUCACGGCAGCAUGCUGGUGCAUCCGAUGCACGCGUCCAUGCACCACCAUCACCAUCAUGGCGGCGGCGGUGGACACGGUCCUCCGUAUCCCAAUCAGAAGACUCGCAUGCGCACCAGCUUCGAUCCGGAGAUGGAGCUGCCCAAGCUGCAGAAGUGGUUCGCCGACAAUCCGCAUCCUUCGCGACAGCAGAUCCAGACGUAUGUGGUGCAGCUGAAUGCCCUGGAGUCUCGCCGGGGAAGGAAGCCCCUGGAUGUGAACAACGUGGUCUACUGGUUCAAGAACGCUCGGGCGGCUCAAAAACGGGCAGAGAUGCGGGGUGGUAGUCUGGGCAGUGCGAUCAGUGCCCUGGGUCACGCCGCCAUGAACGGCUAUCUGAGUCAGCACGCCCCUUUGGGCCAGAAUUCCAGCAGCAGUGCUGGUAGCCAGCCCAUGAGCAUGGGCAACCUGUCCAUGUCGCACGACUACCUAAAGAGUCCGCUCAGCCUGAAGUCGGAGGACAUUGACACCAUGUCGCAGCACUCGGACGACAUGGACGAGGAGCAGAGCAGACCGAACACGCCACAACUGCCCCUUUCGCUGACCACCCACGAGCGGCAUCGCAGCUCACCGCUGAUGGACGAGGACGAGGAUGAGGCGGGAGAGCAGCAGCAGCCACAGGAGGCCAAAAGCGAUGGAAUGAACGGUAGUGUGAAGGAUGAGGAGCGGCAGGAGAAGUCGCGCGAUGAACUGCAGGACAACGAAAAGGAGAACUCCAACGGGGAAGACCGUCAUCUGGAUGCAGACGCCCAGAUGGAGGCCAGUUCCAACCUCAACAAUAACCACAACAACAGCAGCUUGCACAUUGAGCAGGAGGUGGGCUCCACACCCAAGCGCUCCACGCCCAAGGAGGAGGACGACGACUUGGAUAUGGACGAGGAUGAGGAGGACAACGAAAACGAUGCCAGCCAUUUGGACGAGUUUCGCUCGCCCUCGCCGGAUCUAGCAGGUGGAGUUGUGCCCCACAAGGACCAGCUGCCCUUUCCUAUGGUUCCCAACUCCAUGUUCUCGCAGUCCUUCAUGUACAUGAGCCACUACAUCCCGGCAUUCGGUCAAGCGGCCGCCGGACAUCCGCAUCACCAUGCUGCCGCUGCAGCGGCAGCUGCCGGAAUCCAACCCAACGCCCUCAUGGGCGGCGGCGGCCUCAACCUGUCGAGCAUAUCGAACGAGGAGCGCCGGAAGCGAAACCGCACCUUCAUCGACCCGGUGACCGAGGUGCCCAAGCUGGAGCAGUGGUUCGCCAUGAACACACAUCCCUCGCACAACCUCAUCCUCAAGUACACCGAGGACUUGAACACCAUGCCAUAUAGGCAAAAGUUCCCGCGCUUGGAGAGCAAAAACGUGCAGUUCUGGUUCAAGAAUCGACGGGCCAAGUGCAAGCGCCUCAAGAUGUCGCUGUACGACAGCAAUCAGUGCGCCCAGCUGGGAGGACUCGGCUCUUUUGUGCCCAAGUACGAGGAGCGGGACUAGGCCGGCGGAGAAGGAGCAGGAGGAAAUCCCGCCCGGAGUUUGAAAUCAAAAUUAGCAGCAUUUCUUCUUGUAAAUAGUUAAGCGAGAGACACACACACACACACACAGAAACCCAUUUAGGCGGCUUCAAAAUGCCGCUGCAGCUAUGACAAAUACUAUACCAUAUACGAUAGCUCAUAAUAUGUAAUCCCCUAGAUUAGUGAACUCUAAGUAUUAUAGAACGAGAACUAACCCAGUUAAGCGUUACCCAGGAUUUGCCCAGGAGCAUCUAGCGAAAUUAGAGCAAAUAGAUAAAGCCACUUUAUGAGUAAUACGAUCUUGCAUGAACCAGUAUGACUAAUUUGUAGGUGUGGGGAGAGCCCCAGCGAUUCUACCCUAACCAGUAUACAACUCUCUAUUUCUACUUCUACCUAGUUCUUAGCCAUUGAUAUAGAAAGAGGGCGACAGCUCGUUAAGCAUAAGCAAACCAAAGAAAGCCAAGUUUCGAGAAUCGUAGACGUAGAAGCGAUCUGCGAUCUGUAUAUAAUGUAUGUUAUCCUAGGUACGCAUUCUUUGAGCAUUGUGAAUUUGUUUCGGCCUUAGUUGCAUUUGUAUCUGCAGAUUAAGUUACCCUUAAGUUUGAGUUGUACCAGUACCAGUAUGUUUAGUUGCCCUGCCUUAUUUGAGAGCCCCUCCCUCGCCUAGCACAUAUCCCUUUCGAUCCAAGCACACGGAUACCGCAUAUAGAAUGUAUAACAUACCAUUCGUUGCUUUCGAAGUCUUGGUAUUUAAUACCAACCCCCGAAAUCUAGCCACCAAUCAGCUUCGAUGCGAUUGGAACCUUUCGUUGCUAACUCCACUUUUAGCGUUUCGAUACAAACACGUAACUAAAUCUACACACGGAAAUAAAACGUUUUACAAAUUGUUCCAUUAGUUUCGUAAGCCUUCGCAUAGAUAAUAAACUUAAUUCAAAUAAUAUUGUAAUUUAUUGCAAAACACUCACACACAGACACACAAGUAACACAGACAGACACACAGUGAAAACAUCCACACAUCUUUAUAUAUAAUAUAAAUAGAAAUAUAUUCCCCAGCAAUUAUUAAAUAAUUAAAUAAAUACAAUUUUAAAUGUC